CGACAACGUCAAGCAGCCUAAUGCAGCGAUGUCCAUUUCAACUCCUCCGGCUCCCUAGCUCGAUACGAACGCAAUAUGCGUCUCAAUUACUUAAGCACACACGCUCAUUCAAUAUAUCGAUAGCACGAUGCGCUCAAGCUCAGAAGCCCGUCACAGAGCUUGAGCGCAGGAUUCAGGCCAUUCCAAUUGAACGAUUCCGUAACUUCUGCAUAGUGGCACACGUCGACCAUGGCAAGAGUACGCUCAGCGAUCGAUUGCUAGAGCUGACGGGCACGAUUGCGCCGGGUGGCAAUAAGCAGAUCCUCGAUAAACUGGACGUUGAACGAGAGAGGGGCAUCACUGUCAAGGCGCAGACUUGUAGCAUGAUAUUCAAACAUGAGGGAGAAGAUUACCUGUUGCAUCUAGUGGAUACGCCUGGCCAUGUUGACUUUAGAGCAGAGGUGUCGAGGUCAUAUGCUAGUUGUGGGGGAGCACUACUGCUUGUGGAUGCGAGUCAAGGCGUGCAGGCGCAGACGGUGGCCAAUUUCUACUUGGCCUUCUCUCAAGGGCUGAUUCUGGUGCCGAUUAUCAAUAAAGUCGAUCUCCCUUCUGCGGAUGCGCCGAGGGCGUUGGAGCAGAUGCAAACUGCGUUUGAGUUGGAGCCCAGCAAUGCGGUCUUGGUGUCUGCGAAGACGGGUCUCAAUGUUGAGAAGAUAUUGCCGAAUGUUAUUAGGCAGAUACCACAUCCUGUGGGCGAUCAUACAAAGCCACUCAGGUUAUUACUGGUGGAUUCGUGGUAUGAUAAUUACAAGGGAGUAAUUUUACUGGUGAGGAUAUUCGAUGGGCAGGUCAAGGCUGGUGACCACGUGGUGUCAUUUGCUACAGGUAUCAAGUACUUUGUAGGAGAGGUGGGGAUCAUGUAUCCCCAUCAGAUGCCGCAGACUACUCUUCGGGCUGGCCAGGUUGGGUAUAUCCAUUUCAAUCCCGGAAUGAAGAAGAGUCAGGAGGCACUGAGUGGAGAUACCUUCACCACUGUUGGAUCGGAGCAUACCGUCGAGCCAUAUCCUGGAUUCGAAGAACCGAAAUCUAUGGUCUUCGUGUCUGCGUACCCGCUAGACCAGAGUGAUCAUGGUCAUCUCGAAGACUCGAUCAACCAGAUCGUGUUGAAUGACAGAAGUGUAACUCUGCAGAAAGAGUCUUCAGAAGCAUUAGGUGCAGGUUGGAGGCUUGGAUUUCUAGGCACACUUCACUGCUCUGUUUUCGAAGACCGACUGCGACAAGAACAUGGUGCCAGCAUUAUCAUCACACCUCCGACAGUCCCUUUCAAAGUCCUUUGGAAGGAUGGCAAGGAAGAAAUCCUCCAGAACCCAGCAAUGUUCCCAGACACAGAUACUCAAGGCCAGAAGGUGGCCCAAUUGCAAGAGCCUUACGUCUCAGCAACCAUUACCCUCCCAGAAGAAUAUCUUGGGAAAGUAAUCGAGCUUUGCGAAGCCAACCGUGGCGAGCAAAAAGAGCUCAACUUCUUCACCGCCACGCAAGUCAUUCUCAAGUACGACCUUCCCCUCUCUCAACUUGUGGACGAUUUCUUCGGCAAGUUGAAGGGAGCAACCAAGGGAUACGCAAGUCUCGACUACGAAGAUGCCGGCUUUCGAGAAAGCAACAUCGUCAAGAUGCAGCUACUCGUCAACAAAGUUCCCGUCGAUGCAGUUGCUCGAGUCGUUCACUCCUCACAAGUUGAACGACUCGGCCGAGUCUGGGUGAAGAAGUUCAAAGAACAUGUUGAUCGGCAAAUGUUCGAGGUCAUUAUUCAAGCCGCUGCGGGAAAGAGGAUCGUGGCUAGAGAGACGAUCAAGCCGUUUAGAAAAGAUGUGUUGCAGAAACUCCACGCAUCUGAUAUCGGGAGACGGAGGAAACUGCUUGAUAAGCAGAAGGAGGGGAGGAAGAAGCUUAAGGCUGUGGGCAAUAUUGUCAUUGAGCACUCUGCUUUCCAGAAGUUUCUGGCUAAGUAGAUGGAUAACCUAUAUGUUUAUGUUGUAGAAUACAACCACUUCUCAAGUUGAGCACUCCAUGUGUGUUUCCUACUGAGAAGCAGAUGAAAGUCAAAUUUCAUAGAAAAGAUGGUGAUAGAGUACACAGGGACUAUCAUCCGAUAUCAGGUAAUUCGCCUCCUAUGAAAUAAUACUUCAGGUCCCUUGAAC